ACCCGCCCACGCCGACGCUCGCGAAUGAGAGAAAAACCAAAACAAUGUGGCGACGAAGAUGCUAAAUAGGCAGUUGAUGCUGUGAACAAAUAAGAAAAAAAUGAACGUAUAUUCCAUGUGAUAUCACCACGGUUAGCUGUAUAAACAACGCUGAAAGCGACCAAAUCAUGGCUACCGUAGAUUCUCUUAUGAGCUUGUGUGCGUUUAGUGUUGCUCAGCGACCUGAGAAAUAUGAUGAGAUCAGGAUGUUGCCUGCUGCCGUUAAAGACAGAUUAUUGCGAAUAAUGAUGACUUAUGGCAGGGUCACCGACUCCAACAUCAGCCAGCUCGUGCACGCUGGAACUCAGACACUGGAUCUGCAGAACUGCAAGGUGUCGGACUCUGCGUUUCAGCAAAUCAACUGUCUGCAGUUGAGGACGAUACUGUUAAGAGGCUGUACAGAAAUCACAUCUGAGGGUCUAGAGGCGUUGGCAUCCCGCUGCCCCAGUCUUCAGGUGGUUGAUCUCACAGGCUGUACGGCUGUGACAGAUUUAGGGAUUCAAGCUCUGGCUCUACACUGCAAAUGUUUAGAAGUGAUUUCCCUCCGUGGCUGCACUGCUCUCACUGAUAAAGCCCUGCUGGAGCUGGGGACAAACUGCAGGAGGCUGCACAGCAUUUACUUUUCUGGGACAGAGGUAACCGAUCAAGGGGUCAUUGGAAUUGCGACUGGAGUUUGUUCACAUAACCUAAAGGAGUUACAGAUGGUGCGAUGUCGCAAUUUGACUGAUCUGGCUGUGACUGCGGUUCUUGCAAACUGUGCCAACAUCAGAAUUUUCAAUUUCCAUGGAUGUCCUCGGAUGACAGAUAAGUCAAGGGAGGCGCUACAAAACCUUAUUGGCCCUGACAAGAUCCAACAAGUGUCUUGGACUGCGUACUGAUGUGAGCUACAGACAUCAACUUUAUUAUCAUACAUGUAAUGUACUCAUCAAACAUCCUUUUCAAAUUGACUAAAUUGUCAAUGUUUGAGGUAAAAAAAAAAAGAUAAAA